AUGACGUUCAAAAGGCUGGCUUCCCAGCCGGAGAAUCCGUUCUCCAAAUUGGUGAAUGGCCAAACGAUCGCGGAAAUCCCCGAAUUCGAGCUGGAAUGCGGAGACGUCUUGCGGAAUGUACCUGUGGCCUACAAGACUUGGGGGAAAUUGAACAAGGAGGGGAACAACUGUAUGGUGAUCUGCCAUGCCCUGACGGGAUCUGCAGAUGUUUCUGAUUGGUGGGGCCCAUUACUGGGCAAAGACAAGGCUUUUGACCCUACCAAGUAUUUCAUCAUUUGUUUGAACUCCCUGGGUUCACCGUACGGUUCGGCGUCACCUGUUACAGUUGAUCCGACGGUCAACCAGCUUUUCGGACCGGAAUUUCCGAUUUGCACUGUCAGGGAUGAUGUGAGGAUUCACAAGCUGGUCUUGGACGAUUUGGGGAUAAAGCAGAUUGCCUUAGUGGUGGGGGGCUCAAUGGGUGGAAUGCUCACUCUGGAGUACCUGUUCUACGGCCCAGAAUACGUGAAAGCGUGCAUUGCGUUGGCAACAAGUGCUAAACACUCAGCAUGGUGUAUAUCGUGGGGUGAGGCUCAACGCCAGUGUAUAUAUUCAGACCCCAAGUACGACGAUGGAUAUUAUCCUUUGAGUGAGCCUCCGGCAGCGGGGCUGGGCGCAGCUCGGAUGUCGGCUCUUCUCACGUACAGGUCUCGGAAUUCGUUUGAGUCCAAGUUUGGAAGAGGUCUUCCCACACUGACCGAGGCCCAGAAGAGUAAGAGUGUCACGGUUAGUGCAUCUGGAGUGAGUGCCACGGUUGAUGUGGAGAGCCAACUGGUUGAACGUAGCUCGCCAAAAACACCUCAGGAGGAAAAUUGGGAGAUCCACAACGAUGGAAACUCUAAGAAGAGUUCUGUGGACCGUCACAGACCAUCGUCUUCAACCGCUUCCUCCACCAGCCUGGAUACACUCUCGCAAUCGCCGGUUUCGCCGUCGGAUGGACCCAUUCCCCAACGCCAACGUUCGCGCCCACCUCACUAUUUCUCAGCCCAAAGCUACCUGCGUUACCAGGGCCAGAAGUUCAUUUCCAGGUUCGAUGCGAACUGCUACAUCUCCAUAACGAGGAAAUUGGAUACCCAUGAUGUGGGCAGAGAUAGACCAGAGUUUGGAGACAGCACAGAAAAGGCUUUAGAAUCACUCAAGCAGCCUGCUCUGGUUGUGGGAAUUCAGUCUGAUGCUUUGUUCACUUAUAGCGAGCAGAUUUUCAUUGCCAAACACCUGCCCAACUCGGAGCUCCACAGAAUCGACUCUCCAGAGGGCCAUGAUGCUUUUCUUCUGGAAUUCAAACAGAUCAACAAGUUGAUCCUGGAUUUUGAGCGGAAGCAUUUGAAGGAAAUCAUGGAGUCCGAGGGGAAUAAUCCCGAGUGGACUGACGAGCUUAAGGAAGAGGGCAAGACCGAGAGUGUGUUUGGUGAAGCUGAGGAUGUCGCCAGUUGGUAG